CAUGUGGGUUUAUAGACCCGGCUUAUUUGUUUUUUCGACUAUAAAUAAAUAUAUCUUUUCUACUCGAAUCUCGCUAAUCAUUCCAUUGAGAGAACGAGAAAAGAGUGCGAAAAAAUAUGCAGAAAGUAAAUCGCCCAGCAUCUCUAUUAUUUCAGUCUGUUUUUUUAUUGUUUUUCGUUCUGAAUCAUUCAUCUAAACGGAGCGUUCAAGCCCAGUCACUGCCGCCGGCAAAGUACGAUGGUUUCGUGUACAAGAGUUACCCAGUUGACGCGGACACAAUCAUCGUCGAAGCGUUCUUCGAUCCGGUCUGUCCUGAUAGCAGGGACUCGUGGCCAACUCUCAAAGAAGCCCUGGAACACUACGGCCCUCGCGUUUCCCUCGUCGUUCAUCUCUUGCCUUUGCCUUACCACGACAAUGCUUUUGCUAGUUCUCGUGCUUUGCACAUUGUAAACAUGCUGAAUUCUUCCUCUACUUUUCAUUUGUUGGAGUGGUUCUUCGAACAUCAGGAGAGAUUUUACAAUGCUCCGACAUACAACAUGUCAAGGGCUUCUGUUGUGAAGGAAAUUGUCGAGUUUGCAGCUGAAGGAGUUGGAAACUCUUAUUUGUCUGCACUUGAGUUGGGCUUUACCGACAGAAAAACUGAUCUUUUGACAAGGGUUUCCUUCAAGUAUAGCGCAACAAGAGGGGUGUCUGGGACGCCUACUUUCUUCGUUAAUGGAUUUGUAUUGCCUAACUCUGGCUCUCCUCUAGAUUAUAAUGGAUGGAGAAACGUGAUUGAUCCAUUGGUUAGCGCAAAGGCUAGUGAGGAUGAUGAUUUAGUGCAUUUAUUCUAUUAAGAGUAUGCAUGUCCAAGAUUCCCAGAUAGCUUGUGUUCACUUGGUGUUACAUGACUAACGAGAACGAAAAAACCAGCCUGAGAGUCUAUUCAGCUGGAUGUUGUACCUGUGAUAAUAGCCUGAUAGUAGUGCCUCCUAUUAUCUGCCUUUUGGUUUCUUAAUAAAUGCAUCAAAUCUGCCUUUCAAGCCA